CGUAUAAUUGUUACACCAAAGACUAAUUAGAAAGUGCAUUUAAUUUAAAUAAAACGGAACUUUACACGCAUUUGGCACUGGCUGCUUUACAGUACAACAAUGACAAGUGACGACAAGAGCAGUUACGACUCCAGCGACAACAGUGAGACAGAGGAGCGUCGUGCCAAACUUAAAAAGCCCAAAAAGCAUAAGAAACACAAAAGGUCAUCAUCCAGCAAAAGUGAUAAAGUGCAUAAGAAGCACAAGAAAUCGAAGAAGCGCCAUCGCCAUAGUGAAUCCUCCAAUGCAUCCGAAAAACAGCGACGCAGCUCUGGUCUCAGCAGCAAGUUCACAGAGAUUAUGCAAAUGGCCAGUCGUGAGCGCAGUAGCAUUAUGGUCGCAAACGGCAGAGUGUCAAAUGUACAAACAGAUCCUUGUAGUCUAGUGCAAGAAAUAACCAAAACAAUACAGAACAAGGUCAUACCUGUGCUUGAGGUGGCCAGCUCUGGGAGCGAAAGUGAAGUCCCCAUCGAUGUGGCUAGUCCGUUAUUGCAACCAAUGCUCGAGGAUGAGCUGAAUUUGGAGGAGCUGAUGAAACAGAAGGCACUGCUGCAGGCGCGCCUUGGCGCCUACAUGUCCGACACUGAGGGUGAUGAGAGCCGCUCCAAUUCAGUGCUGGCUAAGCGCACGCGGGAGAACAGCAGCGAACAACAACAGCAGCGCUUGCAGCAGCCCAAGUUGUCAGCUUCUGAGGCGAUCCAUGGCAGGCCGAAAUCGCUGUCUGCAGCGCCACUGGCAUCUGCAACUAGUAAACAUGUUAAUAAUAAAAAAAUUAGCAUCAAUAACUCAAACGAAUCCGAUGUUAUAUUAUUGGAUGAUUCUAGCGGUGGUCAGCGUACACCCUCACCCAUGCCGGAGAAGCGACGACGCCAUGAAUCGCCCCCAAUACCAGCUCUGCACCGAAGUCGCACACGUGAGGAGGCAACAAAAGCGGACACCCGAAAACAGCAGCGAGAAAUGCGUGAGCGUCGCUCUCGUGAUCGGGCGCCAGCACGCAAUGAACAAGAUCAGAGAAGUCGCACACCCCGUCGUCGCGUAGAGCAGCAGCGAAGCCGUGGUGAUCAGCGAAGACACCAUCAAGAGUACAACAGAAACAUGGAGGAUUUGCGCCAAGAGAUCAACAGAGAUAAGCAGCGGGAGCGACGCGAUCAUAGCCGUGAUCGUGAACGCCGUCCGGAGCGGGAUAGUCAACCACCAUCGGACCGUGGCGGUCGACCACGAGAGCGAGAGCGUGAACGAGAUCGCUGGAAUCGCCCACGAUCGCAUAGUCGCAGUAAGUUUGAAUCUGACAGGCGGCGCGAGCGCGAACGCCAAAUGGAUCGAGAUCGCUCUGGGCGCACAGCUCGUAACGGUGGAAAUGGUGUAAGUGGGGCAGAUCGCGAUCGCUAUAAAGGUUCUCUGAGCGAAGGCCAAAAGAUGCAUGACAAAGAGAGCAGUGAUGAGGAAGUAAGCCUAGACAUAGACAUAAAUGAGGAUGAAGAUGAUGAAGAGCGCAUUAUAGAAUUGCGUCGUAAGAAGCGUGAGGAGCUACUAAAGAAACUGGGUACAACUGAGCAACACUCGCAUACAAACAGCUUGUCGCCACGUAUAUCGAAUUCCUAUGAAUCGCGCAGCUCAUCGCCUGCUUCGGCAAGACAAGAACGCGGUCAGCGGACGCCCUCACCAUCGCCUUUAACAGAAAAGUCCGAAGAAAAAGACAACGACCAUGAUAAUCAUAAGAUAGAACUUACAGAAAAUAAAGUGACCACAGUCAAGGAGAAACGCAACGAGUGGGAUAUGUUUGCCGAUCAGGAUGUCGAUUCAAACUUUGAUUCUCCCAAUACGAUAGUGCAGAACAAGCAUCAAAAUGAGAAUCCUGCGCUAACCGAUAACUGGGACGAUGCUGAGGGUUAUUAUCGCGUGCGCAUUGGCGAAGUACUUGAUAAUCGUUAUCUGGUAAGUGGCUACACCGGUCAGGGUGUGUUCAGUAAUGUGGUGCGUGGACGUGACCAGGCACGUGGAGCUGCCAAUGUUGCCAUAAAGAUUAUACGCAACAAUGAGAUCAUGCAUAAGACUGGUCUACGCGAACUGGAGAUACUGAAAAAGCUAAAUGAUGCGGAUCCAGAUGAUCGUUUUCAUUGCCUGCGUUUAUAUCGACACUUUUUCCACAAGCAACAUUUGUGCAUGGUAUUUGAGCCGCUGGCUAUGAAUCUGCGAGAAGUGCUUAAGAAGUAUGGUAAAAAUGUUGGAUUGCACAUCAAGGCUGUGCGCAGCUAUACGCAACAGUUAUUCUUAGCGCUUAAAUUGCUCAAAAAGACAGGCAUACUGCAUGCAGACAUCAAACCGGAUAAUAUUUUGGUGAACGAGAACAAUCUGAUACUCAAGCUUUGCGAUUUUGGCUCCGCUUCAGCUAUAAGUGAUAAUGAUAUAACGCCGUACUUGGUGUCACGUUUCUAUCGUUCACCUGAAAUAAUUUUGGGUAUACCCUAUGACUAUGGCAUUGAUACUUGGUCUGCAGGUUGCACCAUCUACGAAUUGUACACUGGAAAAAUAUUGUUUGCUGGCAAAAGUAACAAUCAGAUGCUUAAGUAUUUUAUGGAUGUCAAAGGCAAGAUACCAAAUCGUAUUGUGCGUAAGGGUCAAUUUAGAGAGCAGCAUUUUGAUCAGAGCUGCAAUUUUCUCUAUCAUGAAAUUGACAAGAUAACAGAGCGGGAAAAAGUUGUAGUUAUGCCUGUUGUGAAAGCAUCAAGAAACUUACAUCAAGAGCUCAUAGCUGAUCAAAAUUUGCCUGAUGAUCAGCUGCGCAAGGUCACCCAACUUAAGGAUCUGCUGGAGAACAUGUUUGCACUGGAUCCAGUCAAGCGUAUAUCGCUUAAUCAAUCGCUGAUGCAUCCGUUUAUUCAGGAGAAAAUGUAGAUGAAUCCGUAAAUGGAAUAAAUGUAAUUCAACAUGUCUUAGCCAAUAAGCCAAUUUGAAAAUGCAAAUAUUUGCAACGUUAGUUACCAGUUUUCGUUAUCAAUCUCAACAUGAGCACUUCCAAACAAACACACGACAUACACCGAAACAUCCACGUUUAUAUAAACAAUAUAAUUAUGUAAGGCAUUUUAUCUAAGCUCAGUGGUUAUGUUGUAUUUUACGCGAGUUUUGUGAAACGAUUAAUUAAAUAUUUGCUUACAAUUUCGCAAUGUCAAUAAGUUUGUUAUACAUAUGUGUGUGUGCGUGAAUAAGUAUAUUCGUAUUUAUUUUGCAUGUACAUACACACAUACACAAAAC